CAGACACUUCCUACUAUUGGCCAACUCCAUGAGAGUGAUCCGCCUCGCAGCAAGGCUGGGUUGCAAACAGGCAGAACCAGAUUCCCCACGUAGAAAGUAAUCAAUUUGCCUGUCUACUGCAGUUGCAGAAGUCAGCUUCUCUCUCGCACUGCUGCACUUGAAGAUGAACCCUUGGACAAUUAUUUAAGGACUAGGAGCAGAAAGCGUGCUGAAAAGACUUACUGGAAUGCCACUCAAGACACAGUACUUGGGAAAAUACUCAAAACAGUAUUUGUCUCAUUAUACUCAAGCUUAGCCUCCAGAGCUCCUUUCCAAAGGAUAACGUGUGCCAUCAGCACUGGAUUGAAAGAUGCCUUCAAGCAAAUCCUUGAAAUACUUUCCUACGUUCAAAAUCAAACAGGGAAAUUUAGACUGACCGCAGAGGCCAGGCUGAAAGCUAUGCCCAAAGCCAUAUGAAAGAAAAACAAGCUAAAAGAAACUAAAAGAGCUAACUCCCUGAGUUGCAAGAGAGGUAAAGAACAAAGAAAAAAGCUGAGCUCAAGAAUCAUGAGAGAUCGCCUUCAGGAGCUUAAACUCCGAGCCAAAGAACUACAGAUGGCUGGAGAAAAUAACUGUCCACCUGUACGAGACGAGCAGGAAGAGUUUGAACAGCAGGCCAUUAUUUAUGAAAGGGAGCCUAUAACUGAAAGGCACUUCCAUGAAAUCCAGAAGCUUCAGAACGAGAUCAAUAAUUUGGUGGAGGAAGUUCAAAAAUUCAGUCAACAACAAAAAAGUCUAGUAUCUUCAAUGAGAAGGUUCAGUGUUCUUAAAAAGGAAUCUAACACAGCAAGAGAAAUAAAAAUUCAAGCAGAGCAUAUACGAAAAGGUUUGGAUGAACUGUCAAAAACAGUGAAAAAAGUUGAAAGUGAAUAUGGGUUAUCACGUGCUAUAGUAAGAAUUCUAGCUUCCCAGCACACUUUCCUGUCCCGGUGUUACCUAAAUGCUAUGCUUUCAUACAAUGAAGCUAUAACAGCCAAACAAGAGAAAUGCAGAAGAUUUAUUGUUCGUCAGCUUGAAGUAGCUGGUAAAGAGGUAUCUGAGGACGAAGUCACUGAUAUGCUCCAACAAGGAAAAUGGGAGAUUUUCAACGAAAAUCUACUCACCGAAGCCAAAAUUACUAAAGCUCAGCUUUCAGAGAUUGAACAGAGACACAAAGAACUGAUCAGCCUAGAGACUCAGAUCAAAGACUUGAAGGACCUUUUCAUCCAGAUAUCAGUUCUGGUAGAAGAGCAGGGGGAGAUGAUCAACAACAUUGAAAUCAGUAUGAACAACACUCAAGAAUACACCCAAAUAUCUAGAGAAAAAUUUGGACUUGCAGUCAGGUAUCGAAAAAGAAACCCUUGCAAAGUAAUAUGCUGCUGGUGUUGCCCAUGCUGCAAGUGACAAAGCAGCAGCUCUUAUGCAGGAAACUGAACCUAUCAACCAACCCCAGGAUUCUUUCAUUGCUUCAUUUUUCUUCUCUUUUCCCCUUCCACACUUCCACUGAGGAAAAAUUGCACCUGUUUUUCCAAACUGAGUUCAAAGACUGAAAUGAGAUCUUCAUCUGUGCCUAAAUUUUAUGAUUUCCAUUGAAACACAUACACUAGAGGAAAAGAUCAAAGGAGACAAAUAACACUUCCUUGUUUUUCCACUCAUAAGAAGCAUCAACAAAACAAUGUACCAAUCAUGCCAUAUGUGCUUUUGGGAAACAUCAAAAUUAUUGUAAAUCUCAGGAUUCACAAGACCAGUUGAAUUACCUGUUAUAAAAUAAUCAGUAUUCUUUCAAUUGCUGGUUUUUUUUGUUGUUGUUGUUUGGAUUGGUUUGUUUUUGUUUUUUUUUGUUUGUUUGUUUGUUUUGUUUUGUUAUUGUUGUUCUUGUUUGUACAAGUGCUCAUAUUUAGUUGGUUCAAGUUUCAUUUUUUCCUCCCAAAAUACAAAUAAAGUACAAAUAAAAGUAA